UGGCUGUUGGGGUCCUUUUGAGAUAAUAAUAGUAAAAUUGUCUACUUAAAUAUCCCAUUUACCUUCCCUACAUUUUAUACUGUGACACAGUCACUGGAUUGAAAGCAUUCCAGAUCUGUUACCUGCAGGCACGCAUGAUACAAUGGACUGGAAGUCGACAUUAAUUGUCUUGUGUAUAAUUGCUUCAAAUGAUAUUGCAGACUCUUUCGGUAAUCAGACUGCAGUGAAUACUACAGAAAUCUCUUCCCCAAACAUAGAAACAAACACCUCUUUAACCCAAGGCAGAUCUACAAACAUCUCUUUAACAAAUACAUUUUCGACCGCAGGCAGGCCUACAAACAAUUCGACAACAAACACCUCUUUAAUAAACACCCCCUUAUCAAAUACCUCUUCAACCCCAGGCAGAUCUCCAAACACCUCAACAAAUGUGUCUUUAACAAACAAUUCUACAACCCACAGCAGGCCUGCAAACACAUCUUUAAAAAACACUUCUUUAACAAAUAUCUUUUUAACCCCAGGCAGACCUACCAACAACAUAUUAACAAACAGCUCUUUAACCCCAAUCAGACCUACAAACACCUUUUUACCCCUGAACAGGCCCACAAACAAUUUAACAAAUAGCUAUUUAAUCCCAAGCAGGCCUACAAACACCUCUUUACCAAAACCCUCUUCAACCCUAAGCAGGCCUACAAACAACUUAUUAACAAACAGCACUUUAACCCCAAGCAGACCUACAAACACCUCUUUACCAAAAACCUCUUCAACCCUGAGCAAGCCUACAAACAUCUUAUUAACAAAUAGCUCUUUAACCCCAAGCAGACAUGCAAACAUCUUAUUAACAAAUAGCUCUUUAACCCCAAGCAGACAUGCAAACAUCUUAUUAACAAAUAGCUCUUUAACCCCAAGCAGACCUACAAACACCUCUUUACCAAAAACCUCUUCAACCCUAAGCAGGCCUACAAACAACCUAUUAACAAACAGCUCUUUAACCCCAAGCAGACCUGCAAACACUUCUUUACCCCUAAGCAGGCCUACAAACAACUUAACAAAUAGCUAUUUAAUCCCAAGCAGGCCUACAAACACCUCUUUACCAAAUACCUUUUUAACCCCAGGCAGACCUACAAACACCUCAACAAACAUGUCUUUAACAAACAAAUAUUCAUACCCAAGCAGGCCUACAAACAGCUCUUUAAAAAACACCUCUCUAAUCAACACCUCUUCAAACCCAGGCAGACCUACAAACAACUUUACAACAAACACAUCUUUAAUAAUCACCUCUUUAACAAACACCUCUUUAACCCAAAGUAGGCCUACCAACACCUAUUUAGCAAACACCUCUUUAACAAACACCUCUUUACCGAAUACCUCUUUAACCCAAGGCAGACCUACAAACACCUCAACAAACAAUUUUCCAUACCCAAGCAAGCCUACAAACACCUCUUUAACAAACAUCUCUUUAACCAACAGCUCUUCAACCCCAAGCAGGCCUACAAACACCUCUUUAACAAACAUCUCUUUAACCAACACCUCUUCAACCCCAGGCAGGCCUACAAACACCUCUUUAACAAACAUCUAUUUAACCAACAGCUCUUCAACCCCAGGCAGGCCUACAAACAACUUUACAACAAACACGUCUUUAAUAAUCACCUCUUUAACAAACACCUCUCUAACCCAAAGUAUGCCUACCAACACCUAUUUAGCAAACACCUCUUCAACAAACACCUUUUUAUCAAAUACCUCUUUAACCCCAGGCAGACCUACAGACACCUCAACAAACAUGUCUUUAACAAACAAUUCUUCAUACACAAGCAGGCCUACAAACACCUCUUUAACAAACAUCUCUUUAACCAACACCGCUUUAACCCCAAGCAGGCCUACAAACAACCUUUUAACAAACAGCUCUUUAACCCCAAGCAGACCUACAAACACCUCUUUAACACACAUCUCUUUAUCAAAUACCUCUUUAACCCCAGGCAGGCCUACAAACAACUUUACAACAAACUCGUCUUUAAUAAUCACCUCUUUAACAAACACCUCUCUAACCCAAAGUAUGCCUACCAACACCUAUUUAGCAAACACCUCUUCAACAAACACCUUUUUAUCAAAUACCUCUUCAACCCCAGGCAGGCCUACAAAGAACCUUAUAACAAACACCUCUUUAACAAACAUCUCUUUAACCAACAGCUCUUCAACCACAAGCAGGCCUACAAACAACUUUACAACAAACAGCUCUUUAACCCCAAGCAGACCUGCAAACACCUCUUUAACAAACACCUCUUUACCAAAUACCUCUUCAACCCCAGGCAGGCCUACAAACAACUUUACAACAAACACGUCUUUAAUAAUCACCUCUUUAACAAACACCUCUCUAACCCAAAGUAUGCCUACCAACACCUAUUUAGCAAACACCUCUUCAACAAACACCUUUUUAUCAAAUACCUCUUUAACCCCAGGCAGACCUAAAGACACCUCAACAAACAUGUCUAUAACAAACAAUUCUUCAUACACAAGCAGGCCUAUAAACACCUCUUUAACAAACAUCUCUUUAACCAACACCUCUUCAACCACAAGCAGGCCUACAAACAACCUUUUAACAAACAGCUCUUUAACCCCAAGCAAACCUACAAACACCUCUUUAACAAACAUCUCUUUAACCAACACCCCUUCAACCCCAGGCAGGCCUACAAACACCUCUUUAACAAACAUCUUUUAA